UCACAUAUCUCGUCAACUUCAAAAUCAAAUUAAGUUGAAUCAACACCCAUGGAGUUCCUCCUCCCAUCCCCAAUUACUGUUAUUCCUUCCAUUUUUAUGAUCUUUUUUCUCUAUCUCUACUGCAUCCGUAGAAAAACCAAAACAACCACCAACAACAAAGUCCCACCAGAAGCCGGGGGCAGGUGGCCUUUAAUUGGCCACCUCCCCCUCUUACGCGGGCAUAUGGGUUGCCUGUUGGGAGCCUUGGCCGACAAACACGGACCUAUAUUCACAAUCCGACUUGGGGUCCAUCGAGCCCUUGUGGUAAGUAAGCCGGACAUAGCCAAAGAAUGUUUAUCCGGCUUAAACGACAACGCAUUCCCAAACCGGCCAAAAUCCAUAGCUAUCGAUCACUUGUCUUAUAACUAAGCGAAUUUCGCGUUGAGCCCGUAUGGGCCCUACUGGCGUGAGAUGCGGAAGAUCACGGUGCUCGAGCUUUUGUCGAACCACCGGGUCGCUAUGUGCAGUCAUGUGCGCGAGUCGGAGUUGAAAAACUCGGUGAAAGAAGUUUAUAACAAUUGGGUGAAGAAGGGGAGUUGUUUGGUAGAGAUGAAGAUAUGGAUGGAGGACAUAACCUUGAAAUUGACUGCUGGAGUUAUUGCAGGGAAUAGAAGAAAAAAUGUCAAUGACGGUUUUCGGGAGGCGUUUAAGCCAUUUUUUGAUCUAAUGGGGACAUUUACCGUGGCGGAUGCGAUCCCGUAUCUCAGAUGGUUUGAUUUCGGAGGGUACGAGAAGGAGGUGAAGAAGACGGGAAAGAAAAUGGAUGACCUACGUCAAGAGUGGUUAAACGAACAUAAACGGCGAAAAAACACCGGUGAUCUGGUGGCUGAGGCUGAGAAAGACUUCAUGGACGUGAUGUUGGAAAUUCUCGACGAUGGUACAAAUAAGAUACUCAAUUUUGAGGCUGAUACAAUCAUUAAGGCUACAUGUGUGGGUCUUAUUCUAGGUGCCAUCGGUCUUACAAGCAUAACUCUUACAUGGGCAGUUGCUUUGCUCCUCAACAAUCCCCGCGUACUAAAGAAAGCCCGAGAAGAAUUGAACACCCAAAUUGGUGGACAAAGGCUAGUAGAAGAAUCAGACGUCAAAAACCUGGUCUACAUCCAAGCCAUAAUCAAAGAAACCUUGCGUUUAUACCCACCGGCCGUACUUGUGCCCCCGCGGAAAAACAUAGAGGGCUGCACUGUGGGCGGGUACCACGUCCCAGCGGGCACCAUCCUAUUUGUGAACUUGUGGAAAAUUCAUCAUGAUCCCCAGGUAUGGCCCAACCCAUGGGAGUUCCGGCCCGAAAGGUUCUUGACGACUCACAAGGAUGUUGAUUUGCGAGGGAUGCAUUAUGAGUUGCUGCCAUUUGGAAGCGGGAGGAGAGGGUGCCCAGCAAUCUCUUUUGCACUCCAAGUUCUGCAAUUUACGCUUGCUAGUCUGGUACAUGCGUUUGAAAUUGCAAAGCCAUCUGAUGAACCUGUUGAUAUGACUGAGAGCCUUAGAUUCAACAAUGUCAAACAAGUGCCACUUCAAGUCCUUCUCACUCCGCGCUUGCCUUCUGAAGUUUAUGGACGAUUAUGACUAAUUUAUGCUUGAAUGGUCUAUCAGCUUUGGGGUUCUCUGUAAGGACCCAAAAUUUUAUAAUACCUUGAAGUAUAAGGCAUAAAUAAAUGAGUUCAUGUCGUUUUUAUCUAAAUGACAAAUAAGUUGAACUAA